AUGUUUCUUGACCGCUGUCGUUUUGUCGAAUACACGCCUUCCUCUAUAACUGCACUUCGCUUUACUCCUCACACUGUAAAGGAUACUCUGUUAGCAUGCGGUCGGGCAAACGGUAACAUUGAAAUUUGGAACCCAAAAAAUAAUUGGUAUAUGGAAAAGAUAAUACCUGGUGGUGAUAAAUUUGUUUUAGAAGAUCUCACGUGGGCGCAUCAAACCACUCUAUCAGAAUCAGACCAAGAAUUAUAUGAUGCAGAAGAAAUAAACAAGGCACUAAGAGAAUUGAAAAACAAGCCGCCAAGACUAUUUUCGGCUACUACUACUGGAUUAAUAAUUGAAUGGGAUCUAGUCACUCUAAAAUCCAAGAGAAUAGAACAUUCAAACGGCGGAACCGUAUGGUGCAUGUCUACAAAUUCGUUAUGUACUUUACUUGCCAUCGGUUGUGAUGAUGGCGUAAUUCGAUUAUUUGAUAUAGCCGAUGAUGAAUUUAUACCUAUAAAGAAUUUUCUAGGACUUCCGGCUAAAGUAUUAUCCUUAGCUUGGAACCUUGACAAUACUUUCAUCGUGACUGGAUGUUCCGAUGGUCGUAUUCAAAUUAUUAACGCAUCAACAGGACGCGUAAAAGAAACAUUGACGGUAGAGCGUAAAAGACAUGAAGAUACAUUAGUUCAUGCUGUCAUAUAUUUAGAGGGUAACACUAUUGUCAGUGGCGAUUCUCUUGGUCACGUCAGAUUCUGGGAUGGAGAAAUGGGCACAAUGUUACAAAAAUAUCAUACACAUAGUGCUCCGGUUUUGUGUUUAGCCGCAAACAAAAAAGGAACUGCAGUUUUCUCUUGCGGUGUAGAUUAUAAGUGCAAUCUUUUCGAAUUGAUAGAGCCGGAACAUUCAAAAUAUCCGCAUACUAUGCAGUCAGCAUCUACUCCCUUUUGGGUAUCUACUGGCUUUCGAAAAUGUCACGAGCACGAAGUGAAAGCUUUAGCUAUAAAUGAAAGGAAUGAUACGCUGGUUUCUGGUGGCGUCGACACUGAUUUGAUUUUAAUUCCAUUGGAAAUGUUUCCUGAUGUUUAUUUUCGUCGUAUUUCGGCUUUUUACCGUGGUUUGAUUUCAUUAUCAAAAGCACAGCAGCUAUUAAUGCAUCGGUCGUCAAACGGAAUAAAAUUAUGGAAGCUGGGAAAAGCCGCGCCACCUCGACCCUCUGAAAUGAAAAAGGUGGACGUCGCGGUAUUACCAUUGGUUGAACAACAAGAGGCGGUAUUAGAGAUUUCUUUAAAGAGUACUUAUAAUCUAACCUCGAGUGCUCUUUCAGAAGACGGACAAUGGAUCGCUGUUACAGACGUGGAAGAAGUGAAGCUAUUCAGAAUUGAAAAAGACCCAAUCGGACACAUGAUUGUCCAUAAAAUAAAAGAGUUUGGCCGAAUCUAUUCUCAAAACUCAGGAAAAUUUGCGAUGGGUGCGCAUCAUCUCUCAUUCACACCCGAUAAUUCAAAACUGAUUAUGGUCACCGUUGAUUCGUAUGUGGUCGUUGUUGGACUGAAUAAAUGGCAUCAAGGUAGAUUUGAUGUUCUCGCGUGUUUUGACAAUCAUGCAACCAAAAUGGCGUCAACGAUUACAACGAUCGCCGUGAGUAACGACAGUAGAUGGUUGGCAACGGGAGACUUGUCGAAUAAGAUACAUAUCUUCGAUUUGAGAGAUUUCUCGCAUUAUACACAAGUUCAAAAAUUCAAAUCACUUCAAAAUGGUCUCACCUUCAAUCCAAAUUCAUCGAUCCUUCUCAUCACCUUAAUCUCAAACGAAUUUUAUUUGUUUGACCUUGAAAAAGAGAGUCUAACUGACUGGUCACGAAGCUAUUCAACAAAACUACCACGGAAAUUUGUCGAAAUAAAAGAUAAGAUUAUGGGAUGCACAUUCAAUCCAGGGCGACCGGACAGUGUACUCUUAUGGAAUGCAAAUUUCAUAUGUAUCGUCGAUAUAAACAAAGAAGUUGGUGAUCCGGAUCAAGAGAUUGAUGUGUUUCUUUGUAAAUCUCUAUUACACGAUAAAAUACGCGAACAUCAUGAUAUACCAUCCUCACAUGGCGCUAUUAAGAAUAUUUUGCGGGAUGCAGUUUCUCGGCUUAAUUUCAAGAUGUUCCGUAAAUAUCAAUCGUUGAUAUUUGUGGAUUAUGUAAAAGAAGAUUCGUUGGUUGUGGUUGAAAGACCACGCUCCGAGAUUAUGAAAACAUUGCCGCCUCCCUUUGCAUGGACUAAAUAUGGCACAUAA